ACGCGGCCACCGCACACUCUCGUGACACUCGCGAGCACGCCGCCGGCGCAAGAAGCACAGCGCAAGCCAAGCUCCCGGCCGGGCGGAUUCAUUGGUUGCGCGAUGGACCUGCGAGUCGCUGCCCCCGCCUCCGUGGCCGCCGGAGCGCGCCGGGGCGUGCUCGGAUGCGCGCGCGUCCGGCCGCUCCAAGGCCGCCGCCAGUGCCGCCCCUCCGUGCGAGUGUCCGUCGCGACGACGGAGUCUGCCGCCGCGGCCGCCGUAGCCGCCUCGGCGGCCGAGGACGAGGAGACGACGAACCCGAGGACGGUGGUGGCGGUCAUCCUCGGCGGCGGCGCCGGGACGAGGCUCUUCCCUCUCACCAAGCGCAGGGCCAAGCCCGCCGUGCCGAUAGGCGGCGCGUACAGGCUCAUCGACGUGCCCAUGAGCAACUGCAUCAACAGCGGGAUCAACAAGGUGUACGUCCUCACCCAGUUCAACUCCGCCUCCCUCAACCGCCACCUCUCCAGGGCCUACAACUUCAGCAAUGGCGUCGGCUUCGGAGACGGCUUCGUCGAGGUUCUAGCAGCAACUCAGAGGCCUGGAUCGGAGGGAAAGACGUGGUUUCAGGGUACCGCCGACGCGGUUCGGCAAUUCGCUUGGCUUUUCGAUGAUGCCAAAUCUAAAGAUAUAGAGGAUGUGCUGAUUCUUUCUGGCGAUCACCUCUACCGUAUGGACUACAUGGAUUUUGUUCAGAGUCAUCGGCAGAGAGACGCGGGGAUCAGCAUCUGUUGCUUGCCUAUUGAUGGCAGCCGGGCGUCUGAUUUUGGUCUCAUGAAGAUAGACGACACAGGAAGAGUUAUUUCAUUUAGUGAAAAACCGAGAGGAGCUGAUUUAAAGGAAAUGCAAGUUGACACCACUCUCCUCGGCUUACCGAAGGAGGAAGCAGAAAAGAAACCAUACAUAGCUUCAAUGGGAGUAUACAUAUUCAAGAAAGAGAUACUUCUAAAUCUUUUGAGAUGGCGUUUUCCCACUGCAAAUGAUUUUGGAUCUGAAAUAAUUCCAGCUGCAGCAAGAGAGAUUAAUGUAAAGGCAUAUCUUUUCAAUGAUUACUGGGAAGAUAUUGGAACUAUCAAAUCCUUCUUCGAAGCAAAUCUUGCCCUUGCUGAACAGCCUUCAAAGUUCAGCUUCUAUGAUGCUAGCAAACCGAUGUACACAUCGCGAAGAAACCUACCACCAUCUAUGAUCAGCGGUAGUAAGAUCACUGAUUCGAUCAUUUCCCAUGGAUGUUUCUUGGAUAAAUGCAGGGUAGAGCACAGUGUCGUUGGAAUCCGUUCUCGAAUAGGCUCCAACGUACACCUCAAGGAUACGGUAAUGCUCGGUGCUGAUUUCUAUGAAACUGACAUGGAAAGAGGCGACCAGCUGGCCGAAGGAAAGGUUCCGAUUGGGAUCGGGGAGAACACUUCGAUUCAAAACUGCAUCAUUGACAAGAAUGCGAGGAUAGGGAAGAAUGUGACCAUUGCUAACGCCGAGGGUGUACAGGAAGCGGACAGGGCGUCAGAAGGCUUCCACAUCCGGUCCGGUAUCACGGUUGUGCUGAAGAACUCGGUGAUUGCGGAUGGAUUAGUCAUAUGAGCUGAAAAAAGGCGGUUCUCCAGUCCAGCAAGAGAAAUAAAGAAUUCGUUUGUACUCUUCCAAUAAGAUGCGUGGCAAUCCUGAAAAUGCUCCUUGUGUAUACGAGAUGGCUUUGGUUCUCAAACAUGCAAUGCCGUGUCACCGAAUUGCUUUAAAAUUUCAAAUAGCAUUGUCAAGAUGAGCGGGGUUUUAAAUUUUGAAAACAGAAAACUUCCGUAUGUCA